AUGUCAGCAGGGCCGAUAGUGGAAAGAAACCAAGAUGCAACAAUUUACGUUGGUGGAUUAGACGAGAAGGUGUCAGAGUCCAUCCUAUGGGAACUUAUGGUACAAGCAGGACCUGUUGUCAGUGUCAAUAUGCCGAAAGAUCGAGUAACUGCCAAUCAUCAAGGUUUCGGAUUUGUGGAGUUCAUGGGAGAAGAAGAUGCAGAUUAUGCAAUCAAAAUUUUAAACAUGAUCAAAUUAUACGGAAAGCCAAUUAAAGUGAACAAAGCAUCGGCUCAUGAAAAGAAUAUGGAUGUUGGUGCAAAUAUUUUUGUUGGAAAUCUGGAUCCAGAAGUCGAUGAGAAAUUGCUAUACGAUACGUUCAGUGCUUUUGGAGUUAUUCUUCAAGUUCCAAAAAUCAUGAGAGAUGUUGAUUCGGGAACGUCUAAAGGAUUCGCGUUCAUCAACUUCGCUUCAUUCGAAGCUUCAGAUACAGCAUUAGAAGCUAUGAACGGCCAAUUUCUUUGCAAUCGAGCUAUCACCGUCUCAUACGCUUUCAAGAGAGAUUCAAAAGGAGAAAGACACGGAACAGCAGCGGAGCGUAUGCUGGCUGCACAAAAUCCACUGUUUCCAAAAGACCGGCCACAUCAAGUAUUUUCUGACGUUCCACUUGGUGUUCCAGCUAACACACCUUUGGCCAUGCCAGGAGUUCAUGCUGCUAUUGCUGCUCAUGCAACAGGACGCCCAGGCUAUCAACCACCACCAUUGAUGGGAAUGGCUCAAUCUGGAUAUCAAGGACAAUAUCCACCAGUACCACCACCUCCACCAAGUGUGACACCAAUGCCACCUCCAAUGCCGCCAACGCCAGGAAUGACUCCUCGUCCACCACCACCACCAUCAUCUGGAAUGUGGCCGCCACCACCACCGCCUCCACCAGGAAGAACUCCAGGACCACCAGGUAUGCCUGGUAUGCCUCCACCACCACCACCAUCACGAUUUGGUCCUCCAGGAAUGGGUGGAAUGCCGCCGCCACCUCCACCAGGGAUGAGAUAUCCGGGAGGCAUGCCGCCACCACCACCGCCGCGAUAUCCUUCUGCUGGACCAGGAAUGUAUCCACCUCCACCACCAAGUCGUCCUCCAGCACCACCAUCUGGUCAUGGAAUGAUCCCACCUCCACCACCUCCAUCAUAAUUACUCGAUCGGAUUGGAAUACCUUAAUCUUUAUUUUCAGAAACUUUUGUUUUUCACGAAAAGAUCUUCAUUUCAGCUGUUCUAAACUUUUACAUUUUAAAUUAUUUCGUUUUAUUCUCAUUCCAUAAACCAAUUUCUAUUUGA